CUCGCGAGAUUUUGGCGUUGCGCAGUGGAGUACAGCCGUCCGCCAUCACUGCAUACAAGCUAACAUUAGCCAAAAUCCACUGAGAAGAGAGCGAGUGACAACAACAUAACAGACCGACCUAAUUCCUGAAGGGGAGGUCACUGAGUUUCCCUGCCGCUUUCCUUGCGUAGAAAACAAACUAGCAACUGCCUUUCAUGUAGUCUUUAAGUCAACUUAGAAACGAAAGUCGUUCUAACUAAUCAUGUCCAACCUCAAAGGCGGCACCAAGAAGGACACCAAGAUGAGGAUACGAGCCUUUCCUAUGACAAUGGAUGAGAAGUAUGUGAACAACAUCUGGGACCUUCUAAAGAAUGCUAUCCAGGAGAUCCAGAGGAAGAAUAACAGUGGGUUAAGCUUUGAGGAGCUGUACAGGAAUGCCUACACCAUGGUGCUCCACAAGCAUGGGGAAAAGCUUUACACAGGCCUGAGGGAGGUCGUCACAGAGCACCUCAUCAACAAAGUACGGGAAGAUGUCUUAAACUCUCUAAAUAAUAACUUUCUGCAAACACUGAAUCAGGCCUGGAAUGACCAUCAGACUGCCAUGGUUAUGAUCAGAGACAUCCUCAUGUAUAUGGACCGGGUCUAUGUUCAACAAAACAAUGUGGAGAAUGUGUACAACCUCGGCCUCAUCAUAUUCAGGGACCAGGUGGUGCGCUACGGCUGCAUUCGAGACCAUCUACGACAGACGUUACUGGACAUGAUUGCUCGUGAGAGGAAGGGAGAGGUUGUAGACAGGGGUGCCAUCAGAAACGCCUGCCAGAUGCUGAUGAUUCUUGGCCUGGAUGGCAGGUCUGUAUACGAGGAAGACUUUGAGGGUCCUUUCUUAGAUAUGUCAGCAGAAUUCUUCCAGAUGGAGAGUCAAAAGUUCCUAGCAGAAAACAGUGCCAGUGUCUACAUUAAGAAGGUAGAGGCCAGAAUCAAUGAAGAAAUAGAGCGAGUUAUGCACUGCUUGGACAAGACUACAGAGGAGCCCAUUGUCAAGGUGGUGGAAAGGGAGCUAAUUUCUAAACACAUGAAGACCAUUGUGGAGAUGGAGAACUCUGGCCUGGUUCAUAUGCUCAAGAACGGCAAGACAGAAGACCUGGCAUGCAUGUACAAGCUGUUUAGUCGUGUGCCAAAUGGCCUGAAAACGAUGUGCGAGUGUAUGAGCUCCUACUUGAGGGAGCAAGGCAAAGCUCUGGUGUCCGAAGAGGGAGAGGGCAAGAACCCUGUCGACUAUAUCCAGGUAUGCUGGUUGAACAACACAACUUUAUAUGUUACUUGAAUGUGGGUGGUUUGU